UUGACGUACGUAUUACGAGCAUGGGUGGAAUGUACAUUUUUCAUUCAGAAGCCGAUCUCGAGUAACGAGUUACUCUUAUCAGUCCUUAAGUAAUACGUUAGAAUAGACGUUAAGAUAUCGAUGCUCAUCUUGGAGAAAGAAAAAUUUGUCAACUCACAGGAUUCUUUGAAAGCACGUGCAAAUAAUAAUUUCACGUCUGACGUGAGCCAACGUCAACAUCAUAUUCACUAGUACUUAUUGUUCAUAUCUGCGCCAUCGAGCACGAUUAAUUAAUUAAUUGGCAACUUAGCCCUUCAAAUUAUGUUCGCUCUAUCGCAUCUCCUCUUCCCUUCUUAAUUUAUUUUAAUUUGGGAAAUUUAUCAAGAUAGCGAAUUUUUAUUCGUAAUUGAUUUGCAUUUCUCUGUUUUGCCGGCGAUUCUUCGGUCAUUCUUGUUAUUUUAAUGGAUGAGGAAGAUUGUUGUAUGAAAAAAGAAGCUUCUAGCAGCUUCCAUUCCAAAAAUCUUGGAUCUAGUUCUUCGUUCAUGACCGAGAGUGAAGGCCUAGAUUCUACGGAGAAACAUGGAGAUCUUGGUGACAUGACCUUUUACAUGGCAAAUUAUAUUAAAGAUGCUAUGAAGAUGAUGUUCAUCAUGCGCAGUCAUCAUAUGCUCACUGAUGUUAUAUUGGAAGUAGGGUCAGAGUUAUUCUAUGCACACAAAGUAAUUUUAGCUGCCGCUAGUCCAUAUUUUAAGGCAAUGUUUACGGGAGGUUUGAAAGAAUCUGAAAUGUCUAGGGUAAAACUUCAAGGUGUCAGCCCAACAACAAUGGCACGUUUAAUGUAUUUCAUGUAUACUGGCCAAAUAAGAGUCACAGAGAUUACAGUGUGCUCUCUUUUAUCAGCAGCCACCAUGUUUCAGGUUAGUAAUGUCAUAGAUGCGUGUUGUGUAUUCUUGGAAAGACAAUUAGAUCCCACAAAUGCUAUUGGAAUUGCUAAUUUUGCUGAACAACAUGGUUGUCAAAAUUUAUGUCAGAAAGCAAAUCAAUUUAUUGUUCAACAUUUUAGUCAGAUAUGUCAGGAAGAAGAGUUCCUACAGUUAUCGGCAAUGCAAUUGAUAGCACUAGUGAGAAAGGAUGAGCUGAAUGUACAGGAAGAGAGAGAAGUGUACAAUGCAGUGUUAAAAUGGGUCAAAUAUAAUGAAGAAGCCAGAGGACCCAAAAUGGAGCACAUAUUGCAUGCAGUGAGGUGUCAGUAUCUCACUCCUAACUUCCUUAGAGAACAAAUGAAAAACUGUGACGUUCUGAAGAAAGUACCUGCAUGCAGAGAGUACCUUGCACAGAUCUUUAAAGAUUUGACUCUUCAUAAAAAGCCAGUGGUAAAAGAGAGAACACCUAACACUCGCAGAGUGAUAUACAUAGCUGGUGGUUUCUUGAAACAUUCUUUAGAUUUGCUAGAGGGGUAUAACGUAGAUGAAAAAACUUGGACUCAACAUGCUAAACUAAUAGUCCCAAGAUCUGGCUUGGGUGGAGCAUUCCUAAAGGGUAUGUUUUAUGCUGUUGGUGGGAGGAAUAAUUCACCAGAUAGCAGAUAUGAUAGUGAUUGGGUUGAUAGAUACAAUCCAGUCACGGAUCAAUGGAGAGCUUGCAGCCCAAUGUCUGUACCAAGGAACAGAGUAGGAGUGGCUGUUAUGGAUGGACUAUUAUAUGCUGUUGGAGGUAGUGCAGGUGCAGAAUAUCACAAUAGCGUUGAAUGUUAUGAUCCAGAUCACGAUACUUGGACUAACGUGAAGCCAAUGCACAUAAAGAGACUGGGAGUUGGAGUAGCUGUAGUUAAUAGAUUACUUUAUGCCAUUGGUGGAUUUGAUGGAACAAAUCGACUGAACUCUGUAGAGUGUUACCAUCCUGAAAACGAUGAGUGGACAAUGGUUUCACCCAUGAAAUGUAGUCGAUCAGGAGCUGGAGUAGCCAACCUUGGACAAUACAUAUAUGUGGUGGGAGGAUAUGAUGGAACAAAGCAAUUAAACUCUGUCGAAAGAUAUGAUACAGAAAGAGAUAUAUGGGAUCAAGUCAGUAGUGUCACUAUUGCUCGUAGUGCACUCAGUGUUACAGUACUAGAUGGAAAAUUGUAUGCAAUGGGAGGAUAUGAUGGUGAACACUUUUUAAAUAUAGUUGAAAUUUACGAUCCUAUGAAAGACACAUGGGAGCAGGGAGUGCCAAUGACUUCAGGAAGAUCGGGUCAUGCGAGUGCGGUAUCGUACCACCAGUGUCCCAUCCAUUGUGAUCAUCUGGAUCAUAAUAUAUCUCUAGAGAAACCACCAUCGUGAUAUAUGUAAUUAUCAGGUGUUAAUUUAAAUAUUGGUAUAUAAACGAAAUUCUUAAUCUAGGGAAACAAAUACAAAAAAUAAGGCAGAAAUGAUGAAAAUAGUUGCCCAAACGGUGAACGAGUGACAGACUGAUAAUUAUGUAUUUUUGAGUUGUAAUGUAAGUUCUCUAUUGGAAAUUGAACUGCAUUAACAUUCUAUAAUUUUAUUCUUGAUAGAACCUUCCGAUAGAUUCAAUGAUUUAUUUUCAUUAAAAAUAGCAUAUAUAUGUAUAUGCUUUAAAAUCAUAAGGACCUUAUCUAUCCAUAUAUAUAUAUAUAUUAUUUUUAAAAUCAAAUUUGUAUAAAAAAACUUUCUUAUUUUUGAAUCGCUGUACAUUUGUAAUAUAUUAUUAAACUAAUAUACUGACACACAUGCACACGCGUGCACGCGGAUCUGUAUGUAAAAUAUCUGUAUGUAAAAUAUUCACAACUAAUUCGCGCAUUUUUGAUCUUAUCAAUUAAAUGUAUAUCCUGCCUAAUUAUUAUAUGUUAAGAAAUGUUGAAAGACUUGAUUAAGAAAAAUGAAAAAUAUAUAUGCUCGAAAUAUUA